UGGGACUUGUGGUUCCCACUCCACGCCAGCCCGGGAGGAGCAAGUCCAUCGCAAGGGCCAAGCACCAGCAUGCUCGGGAGACCUCCGCUCCUCUCUCUGCUCUUGCUGCGGCUUUUGGGCUGGGGGGCUGCCCUGCCCCGCUCGCAGCUCUUCCUCUUUGGGGGAUCCUCAGGGGACCAGGAGCUGCCCGAAGGAGACGACGAGACCUCGGUGCCCGUGCCCUUGCCCAGCCCGCUGCUUUUCUACGAGACCCACUUCAGUCAGCUUUACGUUGGAACCAAUGGGAUCAUUUCAACUCAGGACUUCCCCAGAGAGACCCAGUAUGUGGACGAUGACCUCCCUACAGAUUUCCCUGCCAUUGCUCCAUUUCUCUCAGACAUUGACACCAGCCACGGACGAGGUAAAAUCUAUUACCGGCUGGAUGAUUCCAGAGAAGUCCUGGAGCAGGCGGCUCAGUUUAUCCAAGCUGGAUUUCCCACAGCCACCAACUUUGUCCCGCACCAUACCUUCAUUGUCACCUGGAAGGAUGUAGGAGCGUAUGAAGAGGUCACCCGGAGCUCUGCACCCUCCAAACAGCGUAACACCUUCCAGGCUGUCUUAGCCUACAAUGAAGCAGACGCCUAUGCCCUUUUCCUCUAUCCUGAAGAUGGGCUCCAGUUCUUUGGAACACGUCCCAAGGAGUCUUACAAUGUCCACUUGGAGCUCCCCGCUCGAGUUGGCUUCAGCAGAGGGGAUUACCAACGGAGGGAAGGACCUUACCUCAGCAUCACCAGCAGUGAACAAUCGGUCAAAAACCUCUAUCAGAUCAGCAAUGCAGGGAUCCCAGGUCUAUGGGCCUUCCACAUUGGCAGCACCUCCCCAUUGGAUAACGUGGUCCCAGCUGGAGUGGGUGGGAAGCUUUCUCCCCCUCCAAGAAACCCAGAGAGCAGCUCUGUAUAUCACAGUGCUUCGGAGUCUGAAUACCCUGACUUAACACUUGAUUAUGCAGAUCCCUUCUAUGAUGGGACUGAAGAUGACUUUGAGUACUUGCCUGUAAGCCCCACAAAGCUGGCUCCUGAAAUGGGAGCCAGCACUGGACCAAAUCUCCACGGUGAAUUAGAAGAUCAUAGCAAGCUAAGGCCUUCUGGUGCUGAAGAGGAAUUUGAUCUGGAAUCUGCACUUCAUUACCCGGCAUCUAGACAUCCUCCAUCUUAUUCUGUCCUGGAUUCUAUCUCCUUAUUCCCACUAGAGGAAGCACCGUCUGCACCAUCUUCUGAAGAAGGGACUCUGUUCUUAUCUACCGUGUAUGAGAGCCCAAUUGAGGCGGUUACUGCCACCUUGUUGAGACGCCCUGGCAAUGACGGUGCCCUACCGCCUCAAGAAGAUAAGAGAGGCUCCCCUUUAAACCCAGAACCCUUUCCUGUCUACCCAGAGGGUGAAGUUAUCCUUGAAAGCUUCCCAGAUCACGCUCCUCCCUUCAGCCCCAGGAGAAAGGUCAUUGGUAUAAAUGAGGACAUUAGUUUCAACCCAGAUGGGGCUAAAUUCACUCAUAAUCUGGAAGCUACGUUCUAUCCAGGAGAAGAAAGAGUUUUCAUCCAGCAAACAGCCGAUGGUCUGGAUGCAGAAAAUUACCUCAGUGUUAGGACUGAAAUUCAAGGGCGAGUGCCUUAUAUUCCUGAGAAUUUUACAGUCCACAUAGCACCUUAUAAGGAGAUAUACCAUUACUUGGAUUCAGAUCUCAGGUUUCUUCGAACUACCCAGCAGCUGACGGUGGACAGGAUCUUUGCUUUGUACAAUGAGGAGGAAAGGAUCCUUCGGUAUGCCAUUACCAACCAAAUUGGACCCUUGGGAGAUAGUUCUGGGCCAACUACAGUGAACCCAUGCUAUGAUGGCACUCACAUUUGUGACACAAUGGCACGAUGCCAACCAGGGCUUGGUCUGGAUUACCUUUGUGAGUGCACUGCUGGAUACUGGGGAGAUGGCAAAGAGUGUGUAGAUGUCAAUGAAUGUACUGAGGGCUUCAGCAGAUGCAGCCAAGGUGCUCUGUGCAUCAAUACACCGGGCACCUAUCGAUGUGAAUGUCCCAGAGGAUACCAGUUGGCACCUGACCGAGCUUCCUGCAUAGCUAUUGGUCCACCACCCAAUCCUUGUGAAAAAGGGACUCACAACUGUGAUACAGCUGACCGGGCACGAUGUGUCUAUCAUGGAGGCAUUUCAUUCAGCUGCCUGUGCCUAACUGGUUAUGCUGGCAAUGGACACAACUGCACAGACGUGGAUGAAUGCCAGGAAGGAAAAUGCCACCAAGCUGCCAUUUGCCACAAUUCACCCGGCUCCUUCUCCUGCAGUUGUCGGGCUGGCUAUGUGGGGGACGGUUUCCAGUGCACUCCAGAAAGUGUGACGGGAUUGACUCGUUGUCAACAUGAGCGGUUAUAUUCCAGCCAGAGAGGUUCUCCCAUUCCAGGAGGACCUCAUGUGCCUGAAUGUGAUGAAAAGGGAAACUAUCGGCCACUGCAGUGCCACAGCAGCACUGGGCAGUGUUGGUGUGUUGAUAUUGAUGGCCAGGAGAUUCCUGGGAGCAGAAUCCCUCCAGGUGAUGCCCCACCACGUUGCAGAAUUCCAGAGCCAACUCAGAGGCCACAAACGAUGUGUGAACGCUGGAGACAGAGCUUGCUGGAACAUUAUGGAGGCAGACCACAGGGUGACCAGUAUGUGCCCCAAUGCGACCCUCUGGGCAACUUUAACCCACUACAGUGUCAUGGAAAUAGCGGCUACUGCUGGUGUGUGGAUGAACAUGGCCGGGAAAUUCAAGGCACCCGAUCGGAGCCUGGGGUACCCCCUGCAUGCCUUCCUAGUGUCCUUCCUCCAACCAUCCGCCCGACUCCGCGUCCUGAGAUAAUUCUGCCUGGAUCCGGGACAUUCUUGCUCUAUGCUCAGGGCCAGCAAAUCGGUUCCUUGCCACUGAAUGGAACAAGGUUUAAGAAGGAGGCAGCGAAGACGGUUCUCUCAUUGCAUGGUUCCAUCAUGGUAGGCAUUGACUAUGACUGCAGGGAGAAAAUGAUCUACUGGACAGAUGUUGCAGCACGGACUAUUAGCCGGGCAAGUUUGGAGCAGAGUGCAGAUCCAGAGACUGUCAUUAGUUCAGGGCUGAUUAGCCCAGAAGGUCUUGCCAUUGACCAUCUCCGAAGAACCAUGUUUUGGACGGACAGUGGCUUGGACAAAGUGGAGAGUGCCAAGCUGGAUGGCACAGAACGGCGAGUGCUUUUUGCCAGUGACCUUGUGAAUCCCCGUGCCAUUGCAGUGGAUCCCAUCCAUGGGAAUCUUUAUUGGACAGACUGGAAUCGGGAAGCUCCCAAAAUCGAGACAUCAACAGUGACUGGAGAAAACAGACGGAUUUUGGUCAACCAAGACAUUGGGCUGCCAAAUGGGUUGACCUUUGAUCAUUUUUCAAAACUGAUUUGCUGGGCAGAUGCAGGAACCAAGAAACUGGAGUGUGUAUCACCCAAUGGAACAGGAAGGCGGGUCAUUCAGAAUAACCUCAACUAUCCUUUCAGCAUCGUCGGCUAUGUCAAUCACUUCUAUCAUACAGAUUGGAGAAGGGAUGGUGUUAUAGCUGUGAACAAAGAUAAUGGUGCUUUUACGGGCGAGUAUCUUCCAGAUCAGCGGACACAUCUCUAUGGAAUAACUGUAGUUCAUCCAUACUGUCCAGGAGGAAGAAAAUAAGCUAUUAAGUGGAGGGAAGGAGAGGAAAUAAAUUCCACUACGGCAGCUGGAAGAAGAGUUCCACUUCCUAUCAUUAUUGCACACCAUGCAAAAGUCUCCUCCGGCUGUAUCGGGACCGUUAAUAUGUAUUGGAGGGAAUUAAGUGGUUUAACUUAGAACAAAAUUAUCUAGUAUUUUUAAGUUAUACCUCAAAUCCUUACUACUGUAUUUUUUUUCACAAUGAAAACAAUUUUAUAUAUUGCCAAAAAGAAAUGGUGCUAUGACAGGGGAAUAUAUUCUUCUGGUGAUUGGAGCAACAUUGUACAAGAAAUAUGACCAUAUAAAUAUAGCCUUACUCCAUCACUAUUUUACCGGGGGGUGGGGAGGGGGGAAUCUUUUUAAAAAAAGGAAUGGGGUGGGGGGAUAAACCAUCUUAACUCAAACAGGGAAGUCUAGAAUGACUUCUGGAAACACUAUAUGAAGCAGAAUGGGGGGAAAAAUGAGUUUCUUUGCCUCCUUGUUAGGAGUCAUGCAAAAUUGCUGCAAGUAUUUUAAAAAAUUUAAUGUUCUGCCACCUCUUGUUGUUUCUGACUUGGUGCAUUACUUUUUAAGAUUUAUGUAAGAAUAUGCUGAAAUGUUUCAGAUUUACCUUCCACUCUUCAUAUUCUGGGACUGCAUGAGAAUAUUUGCGUGUGUGUUAAUAUCUGACGGUAACUGUUUGCGUGUGUGUUAAUAUCUGACGGUAACAGCUAAUGUUUUAUAGGCUAUUCCAUGAAUCCAAUAAAAAGGCUGAAUUUU